AUGGAAUCUCCGUCGAUGCCCCCCCAACUACAGCCCUUGCAACCCUCCCAACCAUCGCAACCUCAGCCCCAACUGCACCCGCAGCCCUCCCGCCCCGCCUUGCCCCGUCUGAAACUGGCCACCCCGAUGGGCAGUAGCCAGAGUGUUCCGCAGGAGUCUAAGCCCAAUGGAAAACCCUCCUUGCUCUCUCUUUCCACCUCUGGGCUGGGCGUGAAUGGCCAACCCCCGCUCGACCAGAAGGCCAGCGGCCCCACGUCCGCAAACUCCUCAUACUCGGCCCUCAACUUCGCCAUGGGCCUGCGGGAGCCGACCGGAGGCAACUCAGACCCCUCAUCCGCCAUCAGCUCGGUGUACUCCGAUGCCGAGGGCGCGGUACAGAUGAAGCGGGAGGCCAGCGUCAGCUCAUUACUCCCCGACCUGGAUAAAUUGAGUCUUGAAAAGGGCCGCCCGCUCGACGUGGAGGAUUUGGAUGAUGAGGGCUGGCAUGCCGCCAGCGAGCAGAACAAGAUCGUUGAACUGGGAAGUCUGGGUGAAGGUGCCGGUGGCGCUGUUACCCGCUGCAAACUCAAGGAGGGCAAGACCGUCUUUGCUUUGAAGAUCAUCACCACCGACCCCAACCCCGACGUCAAGAAACAGAUCGUUCGCGAGCUCAACUUCAACAAGGACUGCGCAUCCUCACACAUCUGCCGCUACUACGGUGCUUUCAUGGAUAAGACUUCGGGGACUAUCUCGAUUGCCAUGGAAUUCUGCGAAGGUGGAAGUCUCGAUAGCAUCUACAAGGAAGUGAAGAAGCUGGGAGGCCGAACCGGUGAAAAGGUCCUGGGCAAGGUUGCAGAGGGUGUUCUAAACGGUUUGACUUAUCUGCACAGCCGAAAGAUUAUCCAUCGUGACAUCAAACCUUCCAACAUCCUCCUCUGCCGCGACGGUCAAGUCAAGCUCUGCGAUUUCGGUGUCAGUGGCGAGUUCGGUACAAAGGGCGAUGCCAACACCUUUAUCGGUACAUCCUACUACAUGGCCCCCGAACGUAUCACGGGUCAAUCAUACACCAUCACCUCCGACGUCUGGUCCCUAGGCGUGUCUCUGCUGGAAGUUGCCCAGCACCGAUUCCCCUUCCCAGCCGACGGAACCGAGAUGCAACCCCGCGCCGGAUUAAUUGAUCUCCUCACAUACAUUGUUCGCCAGCCGAUUCCCAAGCUGAAGGAUGAGCCGGAUCACGGUAUUCGUUGGUCGGAUAAUUUCAAGUACUUCAUUGAAUGCUGUCUCGAAAAAGAGCCUCCUCGACGAGCAACCCCCUGGCGGAUGCUGGAUCAUCCGUGGGUGCAGGACAUGAAGAACAAGAAGGUCAACAUGGCGAACUUCGUGAAGCAAGUGUGGGACUGGAAAGAGGAAUAA